UCUGUUGGCUGGUCCACUGAUGUAUGGAUUUGUACAUGAUGAACUGUGAACUUCUAGCCACAUGCAGUGCCCUUGGGUACUUGGAGGGAGACACUUACCACAAGGAACCAGAUUGCUUAGAGAGUGUGAAGGAUUUGAUCCGUUACUUGAGGCAUGAGGAUGAGACACGAGAUGUGCGGCAGCAGCUGGGGGCAGCCCAGAUUCUGCAGAGUGACCUCCUACCUAUCCUUACCCAGCACUGCCAGGACAAGCCUCUAUUUGAUGCUGUUAUCAGACUGAUGGUGAACUUGACACAACCAGCCUUGCUCUGUUUUGGCAGUGUGCCUAAGGAGCCCAGCCUAGGACACCAUUUUCUGCAGGUGCUAACUUAUUUGCAGGCCUACAAAGAGGCCUUUGCCAGUGAGAAGGCAUUUGGAGUCCUCAGUGAAACCUUGUAUGAGCUGCUGCAGUUGGGUUGGGAGGAACGGCAGGAGGAAGACAACUUGCUGAUUGAGCGGAUCCUACUCCUGGUCAGAAAUAUUCUCCAUGUCCCAGCUGACCUUGAUCAGGAGAAGAAGAUUGACGAUGACGCCAGUGUCCAUGACCAGCUUCUCUGGGCCAUUCACCUCAGUGGCCUGGACGACCUGCUCCUUUUCCUGGCCAGCUCACCAGCUGAGCAGCAGUGGAGCCUCCACGUGCUCGAGAUUAUCUCCCUCAUGUUUCGUGACCAGAAUCCUGAGCAGCUGGCAGGAGUAGGGCAGGGACGUUUAGCUCAGGAGCGGAGCACAGAUGUGGCAGAACUAGAGGUAUUGCGCCAGCGAGAGAUGGCAGAAAAGAAGACCCGAGCUCUCCAGCGAAGCAACAGGCAUUCUCGGUUUGGGGGCUCCUACAUUGUCCAGGGGUUGAAAUCCAUUGGGGAGAGGGACCUAGUCUUUCACAAAGGUCUUCACAACCUUCGAAACUACAGUUCAGAUUUGGGAAAGCAGCCCCGGAGGGUGCCUAAACGUCGCCAGGCUGCCCGGGAACUGUCCACUCAGCGCCGCUCUGCCCUCAAUGUGAGGCUCUUCCUCAGAGACUUCUGCUCUGAGUUCCUGGAGAACUGUUAUAAUCGGCUCAUGGGAUCAGUAAAGGAUCACCUACUUCGGGAGAAAGCUCAGCAGCAUGAUGAGACCUACUAUAUGUGGGCCUUGGCUUUCUUCAUGGCCUUCAACCGAGCUGCCUCCUUCCAGCCAGCCUUGGUUUCUGAGACCCUCAGUGUUCGUAUCUUCCACUUCAUUGAGCAGAACCUCACCAACUACUAUGAGAUGAUGCUGACUGACCGCAAGGAGGCUGCCUCCUGGGCACGCCGGAUGCACCUGGCUCUAAAGGCCUAUCAGGAGCUGCUGGCCACAGUGAAUGAGAUGGACGUGUCUCCGGAUGAGGCUGUGAGGGAGAGCAGCCGCAUCAUCAAGAACAACAUUUUCUAUGUGAUGGAGUACCGAGAAUUAUUCCUGACACUGUUUCGAAAGUUCGAUGAGAGAUGCCAGCCUCACUCUUUCCUUCGUGACUUGGUGGAAACCACCCACCUCUUCCUCAAGAUGUUGGAGCGGUUCUGUCGCAGCCGUGGGAGCCUUGUGGUGCAGAACAAACGAAAGAAGAGAAAGAAGAAGAAGAAAGUCCUAGACCAGGCUAUUGCUUCUGGUAAUGUCCCACAUAGCCCAGGAGAACUGGAGGCUGUGUGGUCAGCCCUGGCUGAGCAGCUACAGUGCUGUGCCCAGGAUCCUGAGCUCAGCAUAGACUCCAUGGUUCCCUUUGACGCGGCUUCAGAGGUGCCAGUGGAAGAGCAGAGGGCGGAAGCCAUGGUGCGGAUCCAAGACUGUCUCCUGGCUGGUCAGGCCCCACAGGCCCUGACCCUCCUGCGGUCUGCCCGGGAGGUAUGGCCAGAAGGAGAUGUUUUUGGCUCUCAAGACAUUUCCCCAGAGGAAGAGAUCCAGUUGCUGAAACAAAUCCUCUCUGCUCCGCUUCCCCGGCAGGAGGGGCCAGAGGAACAAGGAGCAGAGGAAGAAGAGGAAGAAGAUGAGGAGGAGGAGGAGUUGCAAGUGGUCCAGGUGUCGGAAAAAGAAUUUAAUUUUCUGGACUACCUAAAACGCUUCGCAUGCUCAACUGUUGUCAGAGCCUAUGCGCUGCUGCUGCGGAGCUACCAGCGGAAUAGCGCUCACACUAACCACUGUGUUGUCAAGAUGCUGCACCGGCUGGCCCAUGACCUCAAAAUGGAAGCCUUACUUUUCCAGCUCUCAGUUUUCUGCAUCUUCAAUAGGCUGCUUAGUGACCCUGCUGCUGGCGCCUACAAAGAGCUAGUGACUUUUGCCAAAUACAUCCUGGGCAAGUUCUUUGCACUGGCCGCAGUCAACCAAAAAGCCUUUGUGGAGCUGCUGUUCUGGAAGAACACAGCUGUGGUUCGAGAGAUGACCGAAGGCUAUGGCUCCCUGGAUGGCGGGUCUUCCAGUCGCAGAGCCCCUACAUGGAGCCCAGAGGAGGAGGCUCAUCUUCGGGAACUGUACCUCGCCCAUAAGGACGUGGAAGGUCAGGAUGUGGUGGAAGUCAUUUUGGCACACCUGAAUUCUGCUUCUCGAACACGCAAGCAGAUCAUCCACCAUCUGGUACGACUGGGACUGGCUGACAGUGUCAAGGACUUCCAAAGGAAAGGAACCCGUAUUGUACUGUGGACGGAAGAUCAGGAGCUGGAGCUGCAGCGGCUUUUUGAGGAGUUCCGGGACUCAGAUGAUGUCCUGGGUAAUAUUAUGAAGAAUAUCACAGCCAAACGCUCACAGGCCCGAAUAGUGGACAAACUAUUGGCUCUGGGGCUGGUGGCUGAGCGGCGGGAGCUCUAUAAGAAACGGCGGAAGAAGUUGGCGCCCUCUAGCUUGCCCAAUGGAGAGGAAUCCCUGAAAGAUUUUUCCCAGGGUGAUCUAGAACAAGAGGAACACCUGCCAGAGGAAGAGAGUGAAGAGGAUGAAGAGAAAGGGGAGGGCUCAGAAGCAGAACAAGUCCAAGGUAGCUCAUUCCUUUCAACUGAAAACCUUGGUCAAAGCCUGCAUCAGGAAGGCUUUUCUGCUCCCCUCCUGUGGCUCCGGAACUGCCUGAUUCGAGUAGCAAAUGAUCGGGAAGAGGAUGGUUGCUCUCAGGCAGUUCCAUUGGUGCCACUGACAGAGGAAAAUGAGGAAGCAAUGGAAAACAAACAGUUUCAGCAGCUGUUGUGCAAGCUAGGGGUUCGGCCCCCUGCCUCUGAACAGGAAACUUUCUGGCGAAUUCCAGCCAAGCUGAGUCCCACCCAGCUCCGGAGGGUAGCAGCUUCUUUGAGUCAACCAGAGGAGAAAAAGCUGCAGCCAGAGCUAGAACCUAAGGUCCCUGGAGAGCCAGGCCCCAGUGAGGAGCACCAUAAAGAGCACCGAGCACAAGCCCUAAAGGCUCUCUUGUCAGCCCGUAAAAAGAAAGCAGGCUUGGCGUCCUCAGAGGAGGAGGAAACUCCUGAUGGGAAAGAGCAGCUGAAGGCAGCACCCAAGAAGCGACAACUCCUGGACAGUGAUGAGGAGCAGGAGGAAGAUGAGGGUAGAAACAGAGCUCCAGGAAUCCAAAAGAAGAAACGGUUUCAGAUUGAAGACGAAGAUGAGAAUGACUGAAGAGCCAGAAGCCUAGGGGUAGAGAUAGACCCAUUUUUAGAUGGUGAGAGUUGGAAGUGUCAUACAUGGCACAGAAACUCCUCUUACUGGACAGAAGCAGCAGAGUCCUGGGCUUUGCCAUGGAUUUAGGGCCAAGAAAUUUCAGUAACAGUGUUGGCCCCCUCUGCUGUCAGUCUUUGCUUCUCCCAGUUUUAUCAGUAUGCCCCAGCAGCUCUCUGGAGAUUUACUCCUCCUCUUCUAGGAGCCAUUUCUGUUGGUAAUUAGAGCCUCAUGACAAAUGAGAGGAGCGA